GCUGCGGGCGGCGCGGGCGCAGGCGGGCGAGGAGCGGGUGGCGGUGACAGGCGGCGCGAGCUGGCACCCCCUCCCCCGCGCGGCGCGCCGCUGGCCCCACCAUGGAGCCCGCCGUGUCGCUGGCCGUGUGCGCGCUGCUCUUCCUGCUCUGGGUUCGCGUGAAGGGGCUGGAGUUCGUGCUCAUCCACCAGCGCUGGGUGUUCGUGUGCCUCUUCCUCCUGCCGCUCUCGCUCAUCUUCGACAUCUACUACUACGUGCGCGCCUGGGUGGUGUUCAAGCUCAGCAGCGCGCCGCGGCUGCACGGGCAGCGUGUGCGGGACAUCCAGAAGCAGGUGCGGGAAUGGAAGGAGCAGGGCAGCAAGACUUUCAUGUGCACGGGACGCCCCGGCUGGCUCACUGUCUCGCUGCGGGUCGGGAAGUACAAGAAGACACACAAAAACAUCAUGAUCAACCUGAUGGACAUUCUGGAGGUAGACACCAAGAAACAGAUUGUCCGUGUGGAACCCUUGGUGACCAUGGGUCAGGUGACUGCCCUGCUGACCUCCAUUGGCUGGACCCUGCCUGUGUUGCCCGAGCUGGAUGACCUCACAGUGGGGGGCUUGAUCAUGGGCACGGGCAUUGAGUCAUCAUCGCACAAGUACGGUCUGUUCCAACACAUCUGCACCGCCUACGAGCUGGUCCUGGCUGACGGCAGCUUUGUGCGAUGCACACCGUCGGAAAACUCAGACCUGUUCUACGCUGUGCCGUGGUCCUGUGGGACCCUGGGCUUCCUGGUGGCCGCCGAGAUCCGCAUCAUCCCCGCCAAGAAGUACGUCAAGCUGAGGUUUGAGCCAGUGCGUGGCCUGGAGGCUAUCUGUGACAAGUUCACCCGUGAGUCCCAGCGGCCGGAGAACCACUUCGUGGAAGGACUGCUCUACUCCCUGGAUGAGGCCGUCAUCAUGACAGGGGUCAUGACAGACGAGGCAGAGCCCAGCAAGCUGAAUAGCAUUGGCAGUUACUACAAGCCCUGGUUCUUCAAGCACGUGGAGAACUACCUGAAGGCAAACGAGGGGGGCCUGGAGUACAUUCCCUUGAGACACUACUACCACCGCCACACCCGCAGCAUCUUCUGGGAGCUCCAGGACAUCAUCCCCUUCGGCAACAACCCCAUCUUCCGCUACCUCUUUGGCUGGAUGGUGCCUCCCAAGAUCUCCCUCCUGAAGCUGACCCAGGGAGAGACCCUGCGCAAGCUGUACGAGCAGCACCACGUGGUGCAGGACAUGCUGGUGCCCAUGAAGUGCCUGUCGCAGGCUGUGCACACCUUCCACAAUGAUAUCCACGUCUACCCCAUCUGGCUGUGCCCGUUCAUCCUGCCCAGCCAGCCGGGCCUGGUGCACCCCAAGGGAGAUGAGGCAGAGCUUUAUGUUGACAUUGGAGCCUAUGGGGAGCCGCGGGUGAAGCACUUUGAAGCCAGGUCCUGCAUGCGGCAGUUGGAGAAGUUCGUCCGAAGCGUGCAUGGGUUCCAGAUGCUGUAUGCUGACUGCUACAUGAGCCGGGAGGAGUUCUGGGAGAUGUUCGACGGCUCCCUGUAUCACAGGCUGCGGGAGCGGCUCGGGUGCCAGGACGCCUUCCCCGAGGUGUACGACAAGAUCUGCAAGGCCGCCAGGCACUGAGCAGGGGCUGGCCCCGAGAGACACAGACAUGUGGGUGGGCCCCGUCCCCCAGGUGCAGGAGGCAUCUUCUCUUCAGGCAAGCUUGCCGGCCCUCCCAGAUCCACCCUUCCAGAAAGAAACCCCUCCAGAGAUUUCACCCGGACCACCCCAGCGGCUCCCAGGGGCGGCCGAGUGGCGUGCAAAGGACGUGGGCUCCGGAGUCAGACAUACCUGAGUCCAGUUCCCAGUUCCGGCACUCAUUAGCUGUGUGACUCCGGGCAAGUCACCCAACCCCUCUGAACCUAGCUCUUUGCCCGUUGAAAGGGGGCAACAGUACCCGCCUGCAGGCCACAGCCAUCCAGGUCAAGCGCCUGUCUCCUCGGAGGUGCUGGAUACGUGUAGCGGCGGUUACUAUGGCUUCCCGUUCAGCACCUCAUCUGACCGGCGAGCUCCGGAUUCAGCGCCGGGUCCAGGAAGGCUCCGUGUGAGGUCACCUGGGCGCAGGUUUGGCUGGAAGGGUUGAAGGGAUGCCCCAGAGCUGGACUGCGGGUGCUUCAGUCAGCCAGAAGCACUCCGCACCGAGAGAAGGAAGGCUCCUCUCUCCCCCUAGGCUCUUGGGAGGGCAACAGAUGGGGCAGGCAGGCCCAAGAUGUGCUGUGCCAAAGGUCCCAGUCCAAAGUUCCCUCUGCCGCCCUUAGUAAUGCCCUGCCCCUUGCCCCUUCCCGCUUAGGCUUGCGGGCCCAUCCCAGCCACCCCCCACGUCUCAGAGAGGACCUUGUCCUCAGAGAAGACAGCACGGACUCCUGCCCUAGCCCAGGUGGAGCGAGUGGCUCCUGCUCUGAACUGGGUCCGGAGAUCCUGGGCCCAUCCUUGGCUCCUCAACCCUCCAUGCCUCAUCUGGUCCCCAGAGCGUGCCUAGUCACGGUGGGGGUGCAUCCACGCUGCUCUGCGGCAUGCGGUGGGGGGUCAGGAGUGGACCACACCAAGCAGGAAAAUGGAGACUUGGUGAGGAUUCUCGCUGUGGGGCCGGAAGGAAAGACCAUCAACUUGAUUUCUCCAACUACUCAUCCCCCUUCGUUCUCCCCCACCCACAGCUGUAGUUAAUUUCAGUGCCUUACAAAUCCUAAGCUCAGAGAAAAUCAGCUCCGUUUCCCUUCCAGAAGGAAGGGAGCCUCCCCAGGGCCUUCCCAACUCGUUACAGUUUGAUUGUUUAUGCAACUCCAUCUGAAGAACCGCCCGGCCUCAGCUGAGGACCCAGAAUCUGAGAAGGAAGUGUGUCUUGUGGGGAGCUGGGAUUAAGCCAACUGUGCCAGGCGGUGACAUUCUGAGAGAGAGCAUCGCCCGAGAGGCAGGGGCUGGCUUUAAGUCCCUGCUCCCUUGUCAGCAAGCCAUGUGACCGUGGGCAGGUCAUUUAGGCCUCUGAGCUGUGGCCCCUCAUUUUACCCUGUCGGUACAGCCGAGACCUCCCUGGGCCCUCCUGCUGUAGGAGCACAUGCCUGUCUUAGACAGUGUGCUUGCAGCGCCCCUGGAAGGUCAGGUGAGAAAUAAAUCCUCCAAGUGAACACUUGGGCUGUCUCUCAAGGUCCUUCCUUGGGUCCGAGACCAGCUGUCGUGUCGCUUUCAGAGAGGCACACCUGUGGCUUGCAGGGAAGUGUCUGUCCCGUCUCUGUAAGUUGCCAGAAUCCUGAUGGAACCAGUCUCAACACACUGCAAAGUGUCUUAGCGUGGUCCUGUGAGUGCCGGGCGCGUUCAUGGCACUCAGAAGGCAAGGGAACCCCCCUUACCCAUUUGGCCCCAUGGGUGGGGGGGGUGGGGGGCGGAACGUGAAAAAAAAAUAAGAAACCUCAUUCUCCAGCGUGUCUGCAAAGCAUGUGAAUUCUGGCUUUAGCUCUCAUGUGGGCCCCUGUGCUUCCCACUCGGUGCUAAGCUGAUGAUCCUACUUCCUGUAGAGGAAUGGUUUGCCCGAGCAGAGUAACCCAUCAAAUAAGGCUCUGUCCCUUCACCAGAGGGGUCUCCAUCCUUAAGCCGCUGGGACUGUGGCCAGAGAUGCCAGCAGCCUCUAUCACGCUAGAUGAUAGAUAGUCCUAGGAUAACCAAAAUCCUGCCCUUCGCAGACCUCCCCUGGAAACUGGAGCUUGGAGGGGAAGGUCUUGGGAUCACGCCAGCCUCAGGUUAAUGUUUUGCUCCAGUGAUCUCUUGCCCGGAAAGGGGUAGACUUCCAAGCAUGGCGAGCCUAGCUACCGGCACUUUCCUGCAGAGUCCCAUCACUGUCCCUCCGUGUGGUGGUUUGGGGUGCGGUGGGUGUGGAAAGUGAAGGAAUAGGCCUCUCCCCUCCAGAGCCCCGAGUUUUUUGGCUGGAAGGAUGCAUAGAUCAGAUAUUGCUGGAAGGGAAGGGAGGGGGUGGGGAUGCGCGUGGCAGUGCAUGGUGUGUGGUUAUUGUUUGUCCGGUGAUGACGGGGACCAAGGGGAAAGGCGCGGGUGUCCCCCAACAGGCUCUUGGCUGCAGGCGCUGUGCCCACUGUCUAGAACACUUCCCAUCCCCGUGGCUGUGUGGCUGCUGCUGCUGCUGCUGCUGUAAAAAUAAAAGCGUUACCUGGAAAUUA